UCUCAUGAUCCGCCGCCACAAGACCACCAUCUUCACGGAAGCCAAGGAGUCGAGUACCGUGUUCCAGCUAAAGCGUGCUGUCCAAGGCAUCCUCCAGCAGCCUCCAGAAGAGCAGCAGAUGUACAAGGAUGACCAGCUCCUUGAUGACAGAAAAACUCUGGGCGAGUGUGGCUUCACUAGCCAGACAGCACGGCCACAGGCCCCAGCCACAGUGGGCCUGGCCUUCCGAGCAGAUGAUGCUUUUGAAGCCCUGCACAGUGAGCCCUUCUCCAGCCCUCCAUAACUUCCAGAUGUAAUGAAGCCAUAGGAUUCUGGAAGCAGUGCCAAUGAACAAGCUGUGCAGUGA